GUAACAUCAGACGUGACUGAGGAUACAACCACUUUUGCCACCGUCACCAAUGAAACAUUCAGCGACACCACAGUUCAACCUCAGACUUCUAAGUCCACAGCAAUGACGACUCCUCCGACAAACAGCACCUCUCUGUCAACAGCCGCAUCUGACACUAACACACCAACAUUUACUGUCCCAAUGACAGCAACGAGCCAGACCACAGCAGUUGACACAAGUAUGCCUGAUACUACAGUAAUUACACCUGAUACUACAGUAAUUACAACUGCAAAUACAUCUCACACUGCCAACACAACGUCCAACUCAGACAACAGGAUAACACAUGGUGUCGGAUUCAACAAUUCAGAAAAGAACAUCACAAUUGUCUUCAGUGUUGCACUGGGAGCGUUAGCUGUGGCUUUUGUGAUAUUCAUGUUUCACAGAUGCAAACAGAGAGCCCAAUACUUGCAUCAACCUUUCUACAACUCUGACGAGCCAGAUACUUUUGUAGCUGGCGAUGACACACUAGUGAUUUCUGGAGGACUGUAUGACGGCCACCCCAUCUAUGAUAAUGUACCGACAGUCCAAGAGGACCAGUCUCAAUUUCGCCUCCAGUUUUUUCAUUAAGGAGAGACGGUUGUCACAUUGGAUACACUGGUACCCUCAUCCAUCUAUUCCAAAGCUAAAGCGUCAUAUUGAAAUUUGAAUUCGAGGCUAAAGGCAGAGAGGAAGGCAAAAAUGACAAGAAUGGAUAUGAACAGUUUGAACAAACUUUUACUAAUAUCACUUGCAUCGCUGCCAGUCAUAGAGAUGGAUGGAUUGAUAUAUUAAGAUAUAAGAUAAGAUAAGAUAAGAUAUAUUAAGUAAUAGUAAGAGAGUAAAAUAGUAAUACCCUCACCACCAACUAUAUGAACUUUGUGAACACCAGUAAAGCCUCAAGAAACAUAGGUGGCUCACACACUACAAUACCAAUAGUAAUACUGUUCAACUAAUUCAUAACAGUACUGUCUCUGCAUGUUUAGAAAUAAACUUGACUUUAAAGAUCAA